UAACUAUUACUGUUUUUUUUCGGGCUAUAUUAGACACAAAUAUUCUGUACAUUUAAUUUAAAAUCAUCAAAGUUUUUUUGCCCAAUAAAAAGUAUAUCCAACGAACUUCAUUAAAUUAUAAUUUUAUAAGUAACCAGAACUAGGUAAAAAAGAAAAUGUCACAUCAGCCUAUCCGCCGAUUAGUUAUCCUCCGGAUAAAGUUUAACUUAAUCGGACAUUGUGAAAACGGGCCUUAAUGUUUUCAUAGUACUCAGCGCACGAUCUGAGGGUUUGCAGCAAGAUAAAAAGUUCGGCUAUUUGAACGAUUUUUUCACUUGAAAACCAUUUGCAAAAGAACCCUGUGAGCAAAAAAAAAUCGAGUUUACCAAAAUCCUUGAGUGGCUUGACCCAUAAUGAAUCUAGCUUAUCGAAUUCACCGGCACUGUCUUUUUAAUUAUAUUCUUACUCGAAAGCGGUAACUCUAUUUCAGCGGCCUUUCGCAAGAUAUCCAGCAUUUGUUAUUAUUUUCAUUAAAUUUUUAAUAUCUGUAAAGAAUGUGUAAUAAUUGUAUCAAAAAUGCGUAAAUAUCAACAAUUACUGUUGGUUGUCAUUUCUUGUAUUAGCAUCGUUGUACUGCUAACAUACAAGAGUGAAAACUCACGUUUGAAAGAUGUACUAACCGCAGUACACUUCUUUAGUCGGAAGGAUGUAGAGGAAUUGCGGCUAAUAACAAACUUUACGGCAUCCAAUGAGGUCAACAUUGAUUUUAACAGACCAUUGCCAGUUUGGCAACGAAUUGCGGAUUCAUUCUACGCAUACGCAUCAUUCUAUCAACGCAAUGAACUUAUGUCGUCCGGUGGCGAAAUACUGACUCUGGUAACUGGAAAAGUUGGAGCUGUGGUGAAUUUCCGCUGCAAAGCACUAUAUAAAGACGGUCGACAAAUUCAAGGAAAGUUCCGUUUUCAACACUUGAAUCAGGAGAAUAACAAAUCAGAUGAUGAAUUUAAAAAUUAUAUAUUUUAUUGCCGACUAAAGAGCUACAGUGAAAUACCAUAUAGUAUUGUUUACACAGACCUAAGUGUAGCUGAGACGAAUAUGGAACACAAAUUACGUUUGCGAUAUAUUACAAAAAAUCAAGAAAACAAUGCACCUCAAACUCAAAUGACUAUUUGCUUGGAUUUGAUUAAUUUUAAUAUGAGCAGUAGUUUCGCAUAUAACUAUGCGUACAUGCUGGAAUUCUUUCUACAUCAUUUUGUUAUUGGGGUUAAUCAGUUCAUUGUUUACAAUGGUGACGAACUUUCCGAAGAUUUAUUGCGUAGGUUACGCAAGGAAAAAGAUAUCCACGUGCAAUCAUUACCCUUCAAUUUUCCUUUUGCCAACAAUGGAACCAGUACGUCAAGCUUACGUGAAAUUAUUACAACUGAUUGUCUGCUGCGAAGCAUACAAAGAACAAAAUACGCUCUUCUUCUAGAGCCCAAUGAAUUUUUCAUACCAAACACCAAGCUAAGUAAUGAUAAUUCUGUUGUGUACUCAUUAAACUCACACAACACCAUCGAAACCGCAUUCGAGUUAAAAACUUACGCUGUUUGUACUGAUCACAAGAUUAUACUACUGACAAAUAACAGUUUUCAUGAUCCAGAAUUUGUAAAUUCGCAUAAAAUUAAUAUUUUCAGACCGGUUGUGCCUGUGUCCUCUACUAUAAGUAAUACUGUUAAUUUAUCACCAUCUUUAGGAUUUGCCCAUAAAUACAUUGAUUGUUUACAUGUUGGAAAAGAUGGCUUACAUCCGUGGCAAAAUACGAUGAGAGAAGAUUUUAUGAAUAAUUUGAAUAUGUAUAGAAGAGAAGUAGACAAGUUGAUUGCUAACUAAACUACUGUUUGGAAUAAAUUUUAUAGAUAAUUUUGACUUUAUUGCGAACAACCGUGACGCAAAUAUUUACUUAGAAUGCACUUAAAAUUAAGUAUAUCAGAGAUAUUGCCAUAGUAAUGUUACUUCCUCAUACAUGCAUUAUUGAAGCAAGUUUUAUUAGCAACCAUUUUAUUAAAUGUAGUUUAUUUAUUAAAAUAUAAACAAUGAAAUACUCG